AUGGCUGAAGCUAGGAGAGAGAUUGUCAAUGCCUUGCACCUCCACAGAUCAACAUCCUCAUCGACAUCUUGUGGUACAAGGUGGGGACCUACCAUGGUUGCAAACACCUGCAACAUUGUAGUGAAUAAGCCACCCAUUGCUAGCUCUCAGCAGUACUACCCAUUAUUGGACUCUUUGUCUCUCCCUGCAGUUCCACCUACAUGGUCUACAACUGCACCUUCACUACUUCCUACAAUAACACCACCUCCUAUGGAAUCCCUAGAAUUUGAGUGGCCGAAAAAUCUGUCUUCUUCCUAUGCUUGGUGGCUAGGGUUUCUGAAAACCAUUGAUGGUAAGAUCAGUACUCAAGUGUCUAAAUGCCCAUAUGGAGAAAAUAUUGUGGUGUCAGAUUCUAGGGUUCUAGGGCAGUUCCCAGGAGGUUCAACAGAACUUGGUGAUCAGCCGCCAUCUUUGGAUGCAAAUGGUCCGAAUCCAUCCCCGGAUGAUUGGUUGACUGUCCCAACGGCUGAAGAUCAAGGAGAGUCGACACACAGUACUCUCUCUCCCUCUUUGAUUGGAGCUGUGAUUAGGAGAAGGCAGUGGAAGGCAGUGAAGGUGGUCUGCUCUUCUUCUCCAGUCCAGACGACGCACAAGCAUAACCAGCAACUCCUCAACUUAGCUCUCGAACUCUCCAGUCCAGACGCACAAGCAUUUGAUUUCAGUUUUAAUACUGGAGGUGAGAAAUCGACAGUGAAGCCACAAGCCCCGAUCAAACUCGAAGCGGUCUUCCUCUUUCUCUCAGACCAUCGAGAAAGAGCAAAGCAUGACUAUGAACAACUGAAGAAAAUUGUUAAUGAAUUGCGGGCAUCUGAGCAGAAUGGGGAAGGGGAUGGUGUCUCCUGCUGGUUCUGCGCCUCUUCUACUGUUUCUGCUUGGGCUUCUGGUUCUCUUGUGUUUCCUCUGUUUCCAUUGGAUGCCAUUCAAGGCAAAGCUGCUGCAUCAUCAGGAACAACACCAUUAGGAGAGGAGGAGUUAUCUUUCUUGGGCGAUCCUCUCUCUGCCCCCUCCCAACUGGGGGCUCUCUUCUGGCAUGCUCCUGGGGAUGUUUCUACUGUUUUUGCCUGCCCUCAGCUACCCCGCUUGUUGCUGCCUGCCUCGCCUGGUUCCAGCUGA